AAGUAAAAUCCUCCAUAAUCAGAAUAUUGCUAGAGAGAGAGGAGGAACCCGCUUGGUCGCUCAUGGAUUGGUGUCUUGACAGUACAGACAGUCCUUUCCCUCCCUCUACCCUACCUAGUGCCUCCACUGAGAAAAGUCACACACUUGUCCAGUCCAAGGGAAAACUAAGUUGGUAGAAUGAAAAGCAAUUCAAUUCAGAGAUGGAGUAUUGGUGUCCGAAGCACAGUAGUUCAACUGUGGUCGAGAAUCAUUAAGACCCCAGUGGUGGGUUAAGGGUAGACGGACAGACAGACGUUGGACAGAAAGCCCUUGCUCGUCCGGGAUUAAAAAGAGACUAAGAGAGGCAGAAGACCCAAGACUACGGUAAAGACAGCCCUCCUUCUUCCCGCCCCUCACCGGCUGUCUCGUCAUGUUCCGGCGGAAAAAGAAGCGGAGGCCGGAGAUCUCGGCGCCACAGGACUUUGAGCAUCGGGUCCACACGUCAUUCGACGCAGUGCAGGGGUGCUUCGUGGGCCUGCCGCCCCAGUGGCAGAGCGUCAUUGACAUCCUGAGGAGGCCAAAACCAGUGGUGGACCCGUCCCGGAUCACCAAUGUGGAGCUCAGGCCCAAGAAGACCAUUUGUAGGGGGAGUUUCAUAGGACACGGAGACUACAUCUCCCACGUCAUCUCAGAGAUGACUCGUCUUACCGUCACCAGUUCCAACUCGCUCCGGAAGAGCAGUCCUUCGGCGCGGCAACGGGCACGCUCCAUGGGGCGUCUGGGCGAGCUCGUCGAAGGGGACACGUAUCAGUAUGAGGAGCUGGACCAAGAGAAGCGUCAUAACGGCGGUAACAGCUACUGGCAGGUACAAAGCGAGAACGGCAGCCCCAAACUGGCUCUUAGGAAAACAUCCACCCUCCAGCCCAAUGGGGUACUGCCUCGGGCAAAGUCGACGCAUGAGAUGAGCACGGCAGCUGGGGAUAAACCUGCACCUCUGCCGAAGGGGCCAGUCCCCACGCCCCCUAGAGGAGGCGGCACAGGUCAUUAUACACGUAGCGAAUGGUCCGGACUUAUAAAUCGGCCGGGACAACAGAUGGGGAUGCCGCAAAAGGGCAAGGUAGCCAAUCAGAGGCCGGCAUCCUGCUAUAACCUGCAGACCCUGCAGACGCAGCAGCAGGUCAACAUGAGGGUCAAGCCUGGGGUCAAUCACCUGCCGGACCUUCUGACCUCCUCCAAGGAUACUUCUCCUCAGAGACCCCACUCGUCCUGUGACCUGAAGAUGAAUUCAUUAGGGCCCUCGGCCAUGUCCUUACCCAAUGGCACCAGCAGCCUGAUCGCAGGCCGAGGGCGAACCCACAGACCCUCACGCUCCUCCUCCAGCUACACCAUUGGAUUGUUAUCACCAAUAGUUCAGGGGGCUACCAUGCCCCUACUCCCCAAACAGGACAGCCCAUCCCAGCCCCGGCCUUCUCCCACGGGCUCCCCGGCCACCAGCUCAACAGGAACGGCCCAGCAGCAACAGCCCAAGCUCGGGCCAGAGCCUGAGCCGGCCAAAGUGACCCAUGAGCAGUUCAAGGCGGCUCUGCAGAUGGUAGUGGACAAGGGCGACCCGCGCACCUCCCUGGAGAACUUUGUGAAGAUCGGGGAGGGCUCCACGGGGGUCGUGUGCAUUGCCCGCGAGAGGCAUAGCGGUCGGCAGGUGGCGGUGAAGAUGAUGGAUCUCCGUAAGCAGCAGCGCAGAGAGCUGCUCUUUAACGAGGUGGUGAUCAUGAGGGACUACCGGCACAACAACGUUGUGGAGAUGUACAGGAGUGCCCUGGUGGAAGAGGAGCUGUGGGUUAUCAUGGAGUACCUGCAGGGUGGCGCUCUAACCAACGUCGUGUCUGAAACCAGGCUGAAUGAAGAGCAGAUAGCCACCGUGUGCGAGGCUGUGCUACAGGCGUUAGCCUAUCUCCAUUCCCAGGGAGUUAUCCACCGUGACAUCAAGAGUGACUCUAUACUGCUCACGCUGGAUGGGAGGAUCAAGCUGUCAGACUUUGGAUUCUGUGCUCAGAUCAGCAAAGACAUCCCCAAAAGGAAGUCCUUGGUUGGAACACCAUACUGGAUGGCUCCAGAGGUUGUGUCAAAGACGCCAUAUGGAACUCAGGUGGAUGUGUGGUCCCUGGGUAUCAUGGUGGUAGAGAUGGUGGAUGGAGAGCCUCCGUACUUCAGCGACACACCAGUGGCAGCUAUGAAGAAACUGAGGGACGAGCCGCCACCCACAGUCAGGAACACACAGAAGAUCUCCCCUGUGUUGAAGGACUUCCUGGAUCGUAUGCUAACACGGGACCCCCAGGAGCGGGCUACCGCUAGCGACCUGCUGGAGCACCCCUUCCUGCUGCAGUGUGGCUCGCGGCAGUGCCUGGUGCCCCUAGUGGAACGAUACCGUAAGCGCAUGUCCCGCUGCUGACUCGCCCAAACACACAGGAUCCAUGGUGGCCGAAGAAUGGGCUGAUCCCCUGACGUCUGACCCUGGGUUAAUUAACAGGCGAACUUUCGCUCCAUCCACCGCAUUUGUAUUGAGUCUCAAUACCCACUACAGGAAGUGGAUUUACUGUCACUCGGUGUGUAGAUGGAUAGAUAUGGAGUCGAUCAGAAACGCCUCUCUCUCUUUAUCUUGUCCCUUUUUAUUUGCUCCUUUUCUCUGGAAUCCCUUCAGAUCCACAGGAGCGUCAUUGCUCCCCUUGUUGGGCAGUGUAGGGCAGGAUGGAAUUGGAUAUCAGAGUUUAAGGAUUUGUUAAUUCAUUCUAUGCAAAAAAAGUGCAACAAGCCCCAACGUAGAAUUGCAGUGACCUGAACCUUCUGUACUGAUCAUCUCCACCAUCACUGUCCAAUUUGUCCGACUGACUUUGAAAUGUAACAAUUACGACUGACUUUGGUACUAUACUUGUUUGGUAAUUCGUUCUGUAAAACAAACGAAUGACCAGACCCUUUCUACCAGAUCACAUAGUGGUACCCCUGGACUUGAUCAGGGGAUGAUCUACAAAGUUGUCCCAAGCAGAGGCUUUGUUUUGGUAUUGCUGGAGAAACAUGUUUUUAUAGAAUUUCAAAAUGGAUAAAGUAUUUCGGGAUAUUGCAGAUAUGAAUGUGAGUAGUAUAGUAAAGAGUAAGACUAUACUGAGUAUAGUCAAUGUUCUGUUAUAUCCCUGGGUAUCCCUGGGAAAACACUAUUUUAAUCAGAACCGAUCACCUGUAUUUAAAGUAUAAAAAGGGAUCCGCCAUACUUUGGUUAAACAUGUUUUUGACAAAAUAGGCAUGCAAUAUAUUGAAAUGAAAUAAAAUGCAGACAUGAGGUAGUUCAAAAUCUCAAGACCGGAUUGUUUUGUAGCCUACUGCUGUACCCUUGUUAGCUGACUAGCC